AUGGCAUCCGCACAAGUAGAGGCCAGACCGCAGCAAGAUCGUCCUCGCAAGAAGCCCAUCGCCCAGUGGUUCAAAAACCUGACAAACCUGAAGAACAAGGGCAACGACUCCAGCGACAAGAGCGGUAACAAGAAGAAUGGCUUCAAUGGAUCCAAGAACAAGCGACACUUUGGCAAUAACGGCACGCUCAAGAACAAUCCAUAUCCACAGUCAGGACACCACCUACAACAGCGCGGACAGUCUAUGGAAAGCAGUGAAAAUGGAGCCCAGUCGUUCUCGGUAGCUUCAAGGCGGCAGGACGAGAACGACAGCUUCGACUCGCUUCAUAAUGAUCGAGGUGGACUUGGUCGAAGCAAUCGAAGCGGUGCGCCUACACUCGCUACGAACGCAGAGACAGUGCACAGUGAUGCAGGCCACAGUAAGGCGGCUACCACAACUACUGGUGGUGGUGCCUUGAGCAGCGUGGAUGGCGCUGGAGCGGACAGCACUUUCAGCUCGCCCAGGAACAGCCAGCAUUCGCUUUCGACGACACUCACAACCAUACAGUCUACUUCUCCAGGGACUACCCUACAAGUCGCGUCUGCUCAGCAGCCGCCGCAGCAGCAGCAGUCUCAUCAGCAACCUCAGGUGAUGUUCAGCCAUCAGUAUCCGGUGUCACCGGCGCCGUCGGGGAACGCUAUAUCAGCCAUUCCGCGCCAUGUGGCCGACACAAUGCCCAAUACCUAUAAUUCAGCGACCGCCAACAACCUCUUGACCGACAACGCCAGCAUUCUCACUUUGGCGUCGUCGUCGAAACGCAGGCGCCGCAGCAUGGACACUGAUGCCUCUGUCCGCGCCCUUGCACCUAGCUCAGUGUGGGGCGGCAGCCGCGAGUCGUUACCAUUAAGUGUACUAUCAGGAAAUGUGGAUCGAGACGCUCCCUCGUCGGGAGGUGGCUUCCACUAUGCUCCUUCACGGCCAUCCAUUGGUGGCCUCGCCUCUGCAGAGCGUGCGAGCGUCUACAGCAACCAUGGCGGCGCUCUGGCAAGUGAAAGGAAUAGCUACUACUCCUACCGUCCCCAGAAGGACCUUGGCGAUGCGAAGUCGCUUCGCAGCAUCAAUGCCAUCGACAGCCGCAGCUUAGCAGGCGACGCCAAAAGCAUGAACGCUGAUGCGAAGAGUCUCGGCGGUGAUGUUGGUAGCCUCAAGGGCUACGACGGCAGCAUUCGGUCUGGAGCGAUCGGCCAUAAUCGGAACGAUAGUAUCCCCGGCAGUAUCGGAAGUCCGCUGAGUCCGAAUCAGAACCGCCAGUUGAGCGGAACCGGUGGGCUGAGUCGGAGAAGCAGCGACUGGGCGGAUGCGGAGCGAAGGAGUGAACACCGUCCGAGUCUGGAGGAACAGGAGGAGAGGGCGGCGGAAGAAGAGAAGACGAAGGAUGCUCCACAGUCAGCGCAGGACCCGUGA